AUGGAUUCUGACGUUAUCGUGGCGCCAGAGGAACAAAGGAUGAAUGUUAACGCACCACAUAUGUGUUCUCAAUCACCGGUGCCUUGGAUCUAUGUUCACAAUAAAGCGAACAUAGUGUUGGGUCCGGUCAUUGGAUUGGUGACACACGAUUCUGUGCGUUUCCUUGUGGAGAGUGAUCAGACCAGCAAAGUCAAUUUCACUUUGGUAGGUCGCGACCGUCUUGGACGACGUUAUCAUAGGGCUGAGGUCUCUGCUCAGCUUGAGAGCCACAUGCCCAAGUCAAUUUACGUUGACGGUUUGCGAUCCAAUUACAAAUAUACUGUGCAAUGCGAUCAACCAAUGCCGAGGUUGGCCAAUUGCUGUUUUAAGACGCUCCCCCGAGGCCAAAGCAGGUCACUCAUCGAUAGCAGUCUACGCAUCGCUCUUGUUAGCGGCAAUGACGUGUCCUACGUAGAGCAAGAUCCAUAUCAAGGUGCUCCCAGAACCGUCCGUCGUAAGAGCUAUGCACAAGGUACCGAACAUUCGCUAUGGCGAGAUCUGUACCAACGAAUUUGCGAUGAUAAUCUCAACAUGGUCAUCCAUGUUGGAAAUAAUCUUCAAGUGGGAGGCAGUGCGAACCGCACCCUCUUUGCUGACAUGGUCGACGACGACCUGAACGAACUGGCUGCUUUCCGAGUUAUACAACAAGAAUAUUACAAGUGCUGGACAGAGACCUGGGCCCGUCAUGUGCUCGGCUCAUGUUCCAAUGUGAUGAUCUUCUCGGAAAGCGAUAUUGGCAAUUUGGUCAAAAACAAUAUAGAGGAUAAGAAUCCUCAAAACGAUUUGAUAGCGCGAGCGACUAUGCUUGCAUACAGAUGCUAUCAACAGGCCCUGUGGCAUGACCCCCAUGAUGAGGAACCGAUGUACGCCAAGCACAUCGAAUUGUCGAGAUACCUCUCUCUUCUACUGGUCGAUUUCACCACUUACCCUACACUUGAGACCGACACUCCCGAGGUUCGAGACCUGUUCCCGCCACAGACAUGGAAAGAGAUCGAGAAAGCCCUGCCACCGGUGACAAGGUUCGACCCCGAGCAAUACAAGGAUCACGACCGCUCUAAGGGCCUACCUCCCGGCACCCAGAAGGGCCUUCUGGUCGUCUCCACAGCGACCUUCAGUGACAAGAACAGCAUACUACAGGACCCUGAAUAUCUGCCUGCUGCUACUGCGUUCUUGAAUAAAUUGUUCGAGUGGAAAACAAGCGACACUAAAAACAUGCGCGAAGUCUGCAUUGUAUCAGCCGCCUCACGUGCCAGCGGCUACGCGUCAGGGUCCUAUUUGAUUGAGGACUCCUUAUCGCAUACGUACAUCACCGAAUUCGCGGUGGCCCCCAUGGCGGCCCCGUGCAAGAAACCUGGCGCCCUUCGUGGUCUAGUGUCAAACAUCGCAGGGAAACUUACUUCCUCUAGCGUGCUGACCAAUGGACCUUUCACCUUCGCGCCAAGGUAUAUGCACCAAGGAAUUCACGGAUAUGGAGUACUCACAUUCGGAGCACUCCUAGGCACCACCACCCGCCAAACUGGCGAAGUCACCAGCGACUCAUUCCUCACCGCGUCUCCCGUCUUCUGGGUUGAGACCUUCCAAACUAGAGCCGCUAAAAGACCAUUGACACAUGAAUGGGCAUACUUUCAACAUAAUCUCACCAUUGAGAGAACCUCUUGUGAAGACACUUACGUUCCCUGUCCUAACUACAAAUGGAGAAAAUAUCUCGGACUCAACAAGGGGCCUCUCUGUUUCUAA